AGACCAGGGCAGCGCUAGGCGGAGGGGGGGGGGAGGAUCUCACGCUAGGACUCCCGGGGGCGGGGCCGGGGGAAGGGCCGGGAGGCACGCCGGCCUAGGAGUAGAAGGGAGGGGUGUGGCGGGCAAGGCCGCGGGGCCCGUACCUUCCCAGGAGAACUCUCCUCCCGGCUCCCGCUUUAGGAACUUGUACCAGAAAGUCUCAGGGACGCCGGGCCCCGCCCCCUCGGGCUGCCGCCGCUGCUGCUGCUGCUCCCCGGCUUCCGGCGGCGGCUCCCCGGCCAGCUCCACCUCCGCGAGCCACAGGCCCGGCUCCUGCAGCCCGCGCGCCCCGUCGGGCCCAGCCCCGCCGCCCGCCCGCUUCAUGGCCACGGCCUUCUGAGGCUCCCAGCGCCCCAGCUCGGGCCGGGAGCCCACCAGCAGCAACUGCGGACGGCCCUGGGCCACGCCGGGAGGCACCACCACCCCGAAGCGGAACAGCAUCGCCGCGGGCCCCCCGAGACGCCGGCCCUUCCUCGUCCUCCUCUCCGAGGCCGCGGCCACCCCCGGGGGCCAAACCGGCACCGACGCCGUGCGGGGCUUCGCACACCGCGGGAAACAACUUGAAGCAGCUCCAACCUGACCUAUUCAACAGAUACUGUUGAUGCUUGAAAAUGCAAGAUUUGAAUGCCCUGCCGAGUUUCUCAGUACAGUUGCAGUCUCUCUUCUGCCCUGUGUGAUUGUCAGCUCAGCUUGUCGUCCAUCAUCAAUGUCUGUUUCAGGUAUAUGAACUGAUGUACUGAUUUACUUGCCUGGCCAUCCAACUGCAUACCCGAUUCUGGACGAUAGGCAUUUUUCAUCCUUUUCACCCCUGUAUGGAAGCUCCAUAAUGUUUUGGGGCUUGUUGUAAGCAGCACAAUAUCAUCCACAAACGGGAACCUCAGAAGACCUCACUAUCCACUUUUACUCUGCACAGACCAUCUUCCAUGACACUAACACAUACCUCUUAUGUUUGGUGUCAGUAAUUGAAGUGUUGUUUAUCUCUGAUUGCAUUCAUCAAGAAAUCUUGUAUUAACAUACUGAUAAGAGACUCCUCAAUGGAAGAGAGCCCUUGAGUGGUGGUGUUCUAAUCUCUGAAGUCAAAGGCUUCUGUAUUGUCCAAAAACAAAUACUAAAUACAGUGGAAUCUUGUUUUCUCUGUACCUUCCAGGCAGUUGGGUGACUGUAAAGAUACAUGGUAGGCUGUAGGAAGUCUUUUGUGAAUGCUGGCCGGUUCACAGUUUAAGGUUCCUGUGAUAUGUGUGUGGGUCAUUCCUGCAGAGACCUCAUAGCGGUAGUGUGUGUUUCUUCCUAUUUUGUUCAUCUCAUUUUGUCCUUCCUUGUGACUUGAAUUGAAUCUUUGUUUGGCAGUGAGGGACCCAAGGGGCCAGGUAUACAGUCGGGGUGAGGGUGUUAGCCAUGGAGUCAAGACAGAGCGAGAGCAUUACAGAGGCUGAAGAAGUGAGGAAAGAGGGGCACCUGGCCUCGGAGGCCAAAGUCCACUUCAAAGUGACACGGUUCAUCAUGGAGGCCGGUGUCAAGCUGGGGAUGCAGUCCAUUCCUAUUGCCACAGCCUGCACCAUUUACCAUAAAUUUUUCUGCGAAACCAAAUUAGAUGCAUAUGACCCUUACCUCAUAGCCAUGUCAGCCAUUUACUUGGCAGGUAAAGUGGAGGAGCAACACCUCAGGACAAGAGACAUCAUCAAUGUGUCUCACAGGUAUUUAAAUCCCAAGAGUGAACCUUUGGAGUUAGACUCCUGGUUCUGGGAACUGAGGGACAGCAUCGUUCAGUGUGAAUUACUCAUGUUGAGAGUUUUGCAUUUCCGGGUCUCCUUCCAGCAUCCCCACAAAUAUCUGCUCCACUACCUUAUUUCUUUAAAGAAUUGGAUGAAUCGUCAUAGCUGGGAGAGGACUCCCGUCUCUCUGGCAGCCUGGGCGCUUCUUCGGGACAGCUAUCACGGAGCAUUGUGCCUUCAGUAUCCUGCCCAGCACAUAGCUGUAGCAGUGCUCUAUCUUGCCUUGCAGUGCUACGGAGUGGAGGUGCCUGCCGAUUCCGAGGCAGAAAAGCCCUGGUGGCAGGUUUUUAGCGAAGACCUUACCAAGCCAGUCAUCGAUAACAUUGUGUCUGACCUGAUUCAGAUUUACACCAUGGACACAGAAAUCCCUUAAUUGCCCUAGGGCCAUCCAAGGAGAAGCAGACUUGCUUUGUCUGAGGGCCAAUAAAAUGGGUCCCAACUUCAAAAAGUUGGUAAGUCACAGGGACCAGCUUUGCACUAGCAAAAGGGGAAGAACUGAACUUGGAUUGUUUUUUGAUUGCUCUUUGGUAUCUGUGGUGGCUCCCUGAGCAGGUUUGGAGCUCAUGUUUGGAUACGAAUAGGUCCAUGUCGAAAAAGGAAUGUAUUGUAUCCAAUUGCCUUUUGCACCUUAGGAAUUUUUCGAAGAUGAACCUUUUGAAUUUGGUGCAGACUGUAUUUAGGCAUCUCUUCACUAAAACAAAAGCCAAAAUAGAAUAAUUGAUUGUACCCUUUGGGAUAGCUUUUCAAGCCAUACAUAAGCUUAACCUUCCAACAUUAGUGAAAAGUAUUUUAUUUUACAUAAUAAAAAGUAAAAAAUUUUUCGUAAAGAUGUGGAAAUAGGCAUAUAGUUUAAGAGCUUUCAAUGUUCUGUGGACUACGUUGGGAAUGGGGGGUGGGGUGAUAUUAGCCAGAAUUUUUUUUUUCCAUCUUGUGUUAUUUUCCUCUCCCUGAAAUACAUUUAUAAAAUAUGAUCAUCUUUUCAACACAAAAGUUCUUCCAAGAAUCCUAUAUGUUCGAAAUCUUGGAACACCUUCAUCUCUGAAGAAUCAAAGUUUUCCAGGAAACCCUGGGGAAUAUAAGAGGUAGUGGGGAAAAAGUAUGCCUAUUUCCACCAAUGACUGUGUGCAAGAAAUGGUGUAAAAUGGGAAAACUAUGAUGGACCAGUCAUGUAGCAACCAUCAGGGAAUAACAGAAAGACACAUGAGUGAUGGACCGGUACCCACACAAUGCAAAAAGCAGACAAGGGCUGUUUGCAUACUAGGUAGCUAUGUGGAGAAUCUCUGUGAGAGACUAGGGAAAAGAAUUGGAGGAAGAGACUGUAGAGAUGGGGUACUAUGAGCACCAAUAGAGGAAGCACCCUCAUGGAUGAGAUCAUGCAUUGAUUAAAGUGUUGGGAGAGAAGCUAAACGCUUUUAUAGUUAAGGAACCAGGGCCAUGUUGCCAACAAUUGGCCAAAAGAAACAACUCAUCUUAAGAUUUUCACUUAUGUCAUUUCCAGAACAAAUUUGCUGUUUAUAUAUUAGACCUGUUUGUUGGUUUCCUAAUAAAAUAAUUUUUUCAUGUUUC